AUGUCAGCAUCGACAUCAGUCAAUCAAAAUCAACAACCUGGUCAAGGCAACAACCAACAGCAACAACAACCUGGUCAAGGCAACAAGCAACAGCAACAACAACAACCUGGCCAAGGCAACAAUCAACAGCAACAACAACCUGGCCAAGGCAACAAUCGACAGCAACAACAACCUGGGCAAGGAGCUAAUGCUCAAAAACAGCAACAAGGUCAAGGUGCUAAUGCUCAGCAACAGCAACAAGGUGGUCAGAAUGACAACAAUCAACAACAACAGGGUCAAGGUGCCAAUCGCCAGCAAAAUCAACAACAACCCCAACAAGAUGAUCAAAUCGGUUGUGCACAGCAACAUCAGCAAGCAGGUCAGGCUACAAGUGGACAACAGCAACAAUACCCCCGAAUCAUACAUUAA